GAGAGAGCGCAGUUGUCGGCUGCAGGUCGCUGGAGAGACACACACGGCGGCUGAGGAUACAACAACACUUUGGCUGGUUGAAGACAAACCCAUCGCAAAUCUAUCUCUGCAACUAAGAGCGCGCCUCUGAUUUUCUCCACAUUUUCCUCCUGGCUGUUUCAUCAACUUGCGGAAUAGAAACAUCUUUAAAGAAACAGUUUGAAAAGGACAGACGGCCCUCUCAGCUCCAUCCCUACGCCCAGAGGAUGGUGGGCCAGUGAUGCCUAGCUGUAAAACAGCUGUAUCCCAGAGGCCCACCUUGGCAGUUAGAGGAGAGGUCAUCACCAUGACAGCAUCCUCGCAGGACUCCGCCCCCUUGUCUGUGGCCGGCCUCCUCCUGCUCCCUCCUCCCCCUACCGUCUUUACCCAGAACCCUUUGCUGUCUACGACCACCGCCCCGUCGUCAGUAGACCCGCUGUUCCGACCGGAGUGCACCAAGAAGGAACACCCAAAGGUCUCCAUCCAAGCCCUCAGUCCUUGGAUUUCGAUUUUCUCCCACCCCGGUGUAAGAGAUUUCUCUCAGCUAACCCUUGACCUGACUAGGAAUGAGCUGAUCGUGGGCGCCAGAAACUACCUCUUCAGGCUGGACCUCAGCAACAUGUCGCUGAUACAGGCGACAGAGUGGGCACCGGACGAAGAAACCAGGAGGUCCUGUCAGAGCAAAGGAAAAACGGAGGUCGAAUGUCAGAACUACAUCAGAGUGCUGCUAGUGAACAAGACGGAGGUCAUGACGUGUGGAACCAACGCCUUCCAGCCCCUGUGUAUCACCCGAGAGGUGGGCAACAUGAGCAGCGUGCUGGAGCGGGUGAACGGCGUGGCGCGGUGUCCGUACGACCCGCGGCACAACUCCACGGCGGUGGUAACGGAGAGCGGCGAGCUGUACGCCGCCACCGUCAUCGACUUCUCCGGACGCGACCCCGUCAUCUACCGCAGCCUCGGGGGGAUGCCGCCGCUCCGGACCGCCCAGUACAACUCCAAGUGGCUCAACGAGCCCCACUUCAUCUCGGCCUACGACAUCGGCUUGUUCACCUUCUUCUUCCUGAGGGAGAACGCCGUGGAGCAUGACUGCGGUAAGACGGUCUAUUCCCGGGUGGCGCGAGUCUGCAAGAACGACAUCGGCGGGCGAUUCCUCUUGGAGGACACGUGGACCACCUUCAUGAAGGCGAGGCUCAACUGCUCACGCUCCGGGGAAAUUCCCUUCUACUACAACGAGCUGCAGAGCACCUUCUACCUGCCGGAGCAAGACCUCAUCUACGGCAUUUUCACCACUAAUGUCAACAGUAUAGCAGCAUCUGCAGUGUGUGCCUUCAACCUGAGUGCCAUCACCCAGGCCUUUAACGGGCCCUUCCGCUCCCAGGAGAACCCUCGCUCCACCUGGCUUCCCACUCCAAACCCCAUCCACAACUUCCAGUGUGGUACCAUCGAGGACGAGGGUCCCAACGAAGGUCUGACCGAGCGCAGCCUGCAGGACGCCCAGCGGCUCUACCUGAUGAACGACGUGGUCCAGCCGGUGUCUGUGGACCCGCUGGUCAUGCAGGACGACGUGCGCUUCUCCAACCUGGUGGUGGACAUCGUGCAGGGCAUGGACACACUCUAUCAUGUCAUGUACAUCGGCACAGAAUAUGGCACCAUCCUGAAGGCGCUGGCUACAACCAAUAAGAGCCUGCAGGGCUGCUACCUGGAGGAGAUGGAGCUCCUCCCACUUGGCGUGCGCGAGCCAAUCCUGAGCCUGCAGAUCCUGCACAGUGACAGGUCGCUGUUUGUGGGACUCAACAACCGAGUCCUGAAGAUCCCCCUUGAGCGCUGCUCCACCUACAAAACUGAGAUGCUGUGUUUGGAGGCAAGAGACCCCUACUGCGGCUGGGACUCCCGGCAGCGCCGCUGCACCACACUGGAGGACAGCUCCAACAUGAGCCAGUGGAGGCAGAAUAUCACCGUGUGCCCGCUGCGGAACCAGACCACCAAUGGUGGUUUUGGACCCUGGGCUCCAUGGCAACCCUGCAACAAUGACGAUGGUGUCGACGGCGUCAGUUCCUGUUUGUGUCGCUCCAGGUCAUGUGACAGCCCCGCCCCCCGCUGUGGGGGGAAGAACUGUGAGGGUCCCACCAUCGAAGUCUCCAACUGUUCCAGAAAUGGAGGCUGGACACCCUGGUCGUCAUGGGGACAGUGCAGCACGACAUGUGGUACAGGUUUCGAGCUGCGCCAGCGUUCCUGCAACAACCCCUCCCCACGACAUGGCGGCCGUGUGUGUGUGGGGCCAAGCAGAGAUGAGAGGUUCUGCAAUGAGGGGGUGUCCUGCCCUCAGCCCAUCUUCUGGUCCCCCUGGGGCUCCUGGACCAAGUGCAGCACCGAGUGUGGCGGAGGUGUUCACUCCAGGGUCCGAACCUGUGAGAAUGGCAACAGCUGCCCAGGAUGUGCACUGGAGUACAAGGCCUGUAACCUGGAGGCGUGUCCAGAGGUGAAGAGGAACACCCCUUGGACCCCCUGGAUGCCCGUCAACGUUACACAGGGCGGGGCCCGUCAAGAGCAGAGGAUGCGCUACAUGUGCCGCGCCCACCUGGCCGAUCCUCAUGAGCUGCAGAUCGGACGGAGAAAGGUGGAGACGCGCUUCUGUCCCAACGACGGCACAGCAGCCUGCGAGACUGACAGCCUUGUUGAGGACCUACUGAAGACGCCGGUGGUGAGAGUGGCGGGCGCUGGGUGGUCGUCAUGGGAGACCUGGUCCAGCUGCUCCCAGAGCUGCGCCAAAGGUUAUCGCACCCGUCGGCGAACCUGCGCCGGCCCAGAGGGGAAGAGCAACCCCACAGCCUGCCGUGGGUCACCUGUAGAGUACCAGGACUGCAACAUUCAGGCCUGCCCUGUGAACGGCGCCUGGUCCUGCUGGUCGUCCUGGUCCCAGUGCUCUGUGGGCUGCGGCGGCGGUCACUACCAGCGGACUCGCUCCUGUAACAACCCCGCCCCCACCAGCGGAGGGGACAUCUGCAUAGGACUGCACACCGAAGAGGCCCUGUGUAACACGCACACCUGCGACGGCGGCUGGAUGGCCUGGUCGCUGUGGUCGGCCUGUGAUGACUCAGGCUUGCAGAUGAGAAGUCGGGUGUGCGGGGCUCAAGGCAGCACCCCCUGCGUGGGAAACAGCACCCAGCGCAGGGACUGCAACGAGAUACCCGUCAUUCUCCCUGCAUCUGGCUUUGAUAAGGACCAACACUGUGGAGCUUUCACCUCCAUCCACCUGAUCGCCACGGGUGUGUCCUGUUUCCUGGGGGCGGGGCUUCUGUCCUUCCUGGUCUAUGUGUACUGUCAGCGCUUCCACAAGCCCUCGCCAGAGUCGGCCGUCAUUCACCCCACCACCCCCAACCACCUCAACUACAAGGGCAACACCACACCAAAGAACGAGAAGUACACCCCCAUGGAGUUUAAGACGCUGAAUAAGAACAACCUGCUGCCGGACGAGAGGUCCAACUUUUACCCAACUCCGCUUCAGCAGACGAACGUCUACACCACCACCUACUAUCCCACGGCGCUGGGCAAAUUCGACUACCAGCCCAACUCCUCCCCUUCCCCCUGCAGGACCUAUAACCACAGCAACAACAGCUGAGACACGCCCCUCCGCUCCCCUGUCACCGCCCCAAAUGGACACCCCGAAUGCCACGGUGACAUAACUGAACUGACAUGAACUGAACUGCAGCGCUCCUCAGAUCUUGGCCAAGUUCCUCUAUUCGCCAUCACCCCUCUCCAUGCUCCCAUAGUCUCUUACGCAUGGUAGGGUUUGUGUGUUCAAGGGCAUAUCUGGAACUUUCCACUUGCCCUCAGCAGGGGACGCGGGUUUGGACGAAAGUGCACAUGGACUCGUGUCAUGGUGGAGUCAGGGACUUAUGCAACGACUGGGCGGUAUGUUUUUAUAAAGAUCUCGCUGGAUCUAGCAGAGUCAACCCAGCGCUUUCUGUGGGGAUUGUGGAAAACUCCGGCGUGAUGAGUUUUGGUGUAAAACAGAACAUUGCCACCACAACACCUCGGCAAAGGUGUUGAUUCAAACAUCCAGCGUGCCGGAGACGCACCGGAGCGGAACAUUACACAUUAACACUUUUCCCCCGGAUCUGGGUCACAUUUUUACGACUCUCCAACCCAGAGUUAUCAUCCCGUAAUGAACUUGGAGUCCCUUAACAACAAAAGCAGUUACUGAGAACAAACGGCGCAUAUCAUUAUGUCCUUGCUUCAGCGGGGAGCGAGAACAACAACAAAAGAGAAAACUCAAUGAAAGUCGAUACUGAAUUAAAUUAGAGAUCGAUAUCUGCGCUGUCAUUUGGGGUGAAUACACCCGCACCUCCCUCCCCCAUUGUUAGUAUUUCACGAGACAAAAAAGAUAAGAACUUCAGAGUCAAUAAAGUUUUUGGUUGGCAAUGCGAAGCAGUCGCUGCAGGACUCGGGGCGACCGGGCAGCAGCGGCUGUGUGACACAUCAUUACUCCUCACAGACACACAGUUGGAGAGAAUAAUUCUCUAAACCUGCUAAUGGAUGGAGUCUCACGCCUCAUUGCUUUUGUGGACAAGGACGUUAACUCGUAAAGUCUGAACGAGGCAGAGCAAGGGGGGUUGUGGGAAACAGAGUCUAUAUUGACAGUGCACUGUACAUAAAGCUUUGGGAAUGCCUUGGGUGCCUGUAUGCAAUAGAGGGCAGGGGUCAGAUUGAUUUUUCUAUUUCUUCUCUUUUUUUUUUUUUUUUUUUUUUCCAAGAAUGAUGAGGACUUCUGGAAGGAAAUUGCCUUGAUUCUCCAAUGGCUGCAUUGAUUCUACUGAGUGCUAAAUGGCUCGGUGGUCAUAUUAGAUAUGACCAGUGUGCUGAACAACUGGAUUGGGUUUUCUAUGGUCAUAUGAGGUAGAAUAAGCUAGUAGAGUGGCACUUGUUCUUUUUUUUUAAUGUUUUUUUUUGUUUGUUUGUUUGUUUGUUUUUAUAAGGCGAGAGGUAUUUGUUUUAUGCUCAGACGAGCAGUAGCAUAGAUGGAAAUAUUUUGUUAAAGCAAAUAAGGGAUAGCUGAUUAAUUCUUUUUUUUCUCAUCUUUCACUUCACUGAAUGGAUACAUUCCUUUUGUUUUCUUGAUUUUCUUCUUCAUCUUCAAUACAUGAAACGUUAACAAAUAGGGGGGAAAAAAAGAUACACGUUGAGGACAAUAUUCACUGUUGCUAUGGUUUUUUACAAAGUCUGACCGUAACAAAAAAAUCAACUGAGUCCCUCUCGUAACAAUACUAAAUCAUGCUUGCUUAUAAGCAUGCUUGCGUGAGGACACAAUAAUGGUGUGUGUGUGUGACUGUUUGUGUGUGUGUGUGUGUGUGUGUGUGUGUGAGAAUACAGUAUGUGGGUGUACGUGUCCACACAUGCACCUGGAUGUAUAUCUCCUUGUAUGUGUGUGUGUGUGUGUGUGUGCCUGCACGCUUGAAUGCGCAACUCUGUAUUUUGUACAAUGUAAAUGCUUUCAUACAUAUUGCUAUAUAUGAGGAGAUCUCUAAAGGGGUAUGUGCAUUUUUUUUUUUUUUCCACAUCCUGUCGACCACACUCCUGGCAUUCUACUGGUUUUUCUAUGUUUCGUGUAUGAGAUGUUAAUCAAUGUAAGUUAAGGAGAGGCUCCGGCCCUCCCGGGGGUGGGAAAGACACUAUUUAUAGUCAAAGCUUGGUUUAUAAAGGGCAUUUCACAGCUGAGCUAUAUUUUAUUAUUAUUGCCUGUCCAAUGAAUGCUAACCCAGCGAUGCUUUUUCAGUUCAGCUACUGUACACGCACGAGAUGAGAGCUCUAUAUGUAUAUAGGAGAGACAGCCUUCUGCAGCCCAUUUAAUGACCCUGAAGAGGUUAGGAUCAUGUAAAUGUACCUGUAUAUUGUAUAGCUAACACUGUUUGUUUUAAAAGCCUUAUAGUUGUUUAAAAAAAAAAAAAAAAAAAAGUGCAGCAGCUAAGUACACACCAACCAUGAGGUUUGUUUGGGGACAGAGCUCCACAAUGUGACCGACUGGCCGUGGCUUGUGACCUUCCCCAGCUGGUCAAACACACGUCGGGUCUGAUUAAAACACAGCGCAAAGAUCCGAUUUCUUCUUCCUGCCUCAGAAACGCAGUACCUCCGAGGGAAAACAAAACAGCUUUGUGUGUCACUGUGUACUGUAUCAUCCAAAAAAUAUCACAUGAAAUGGAGUUAUGUAAGAUAAUGAAGUUAUCUCGGCCGAAUCUAAAGAGCAUGUUGUCUAGCCAUGGUCAGAGAAGUCUCGAUGCCUCCGAUUGGAUAACCCAAACAAGUCAAGUCUUCUGUGAUUGGUCUGUUUUGAGCUCUGUUCCCUGCGAUGUGAGGCUCGGUGCCCUUCUAUGCAACUUACCAGGUGUACUGUUAGACCUGUCAUGUAGACUGUAAUCACUGCCUUUUAGACACUGUGAAUUUUUUGGUACUCUAUAUUUUUGUAUAUUGUACAUUAUAAAGGAUAAUAAACCUUGAUGCCAACACA